AUGCCACGUCUUGCCUGCGUCCUCCGUCCUCUUGUCUCAGUCUGUUCUGUGACUGGGUCGGCGGGCCUAAGCACUCGCUCUGGAGGCCGGAACGCCAUCAGCCUCUCAAUCACGCUCAACAUCAGGUAUGACCGUAACCCUGAGGAGCUCCUCCGUGGCGUGCACAGCAUGGACAGGCACUUCAAGACUGCGUCGCGCUCGUUGGCCUCUACGGCGUAUGAGCGACAUGAUACAAAAACACGCACCGUUCUCCUCGCCAAAGCGAUCACACUUAACUACGACGAUCUCCUCUCCCAGUUCCCCCUUUUCCAGAUGAAUGGGCUGUAUGAGAAUCAGGAGGAUCCACGAAACAUCGUCUUUGGUUUCGGUCGGCGUAUAUGUCCAGGUCGCCGCUUCGCAGACAUCGGGAUUUGGCAGGCGAUGGCCAACAUCGUAGCAACAUUCGACCUUGGCAAGGCUCGUGACGCAAUGGGUAAUGAGAUCACGCCGCCGGGGACGUUCUCAUCUGGUCUCGUCAAUCAUCCUCACAAGUUCAAAUGCACCAUCAGACCACGAUCCAAGCAGGCCGUAGAACUCAUCACAAACGGAAAGUCAACGCAGACAUGA